AUGGAUGUGAAGAAAAAAUUAGUCAAGAAAGCAACAAAACUGAUGAAUAUUGAGAAUGUUGUGAAGCCUAUUUCACUCUUCCAAGAUUUAGCCAACAUACAAAUUCAUUUUACAUUUAAAUGGGGAACAUGUUUGAGCGAAGAAGAAUUUGCAUGGGUUUUUGAACUGUUUGAGAAAAAUAUGCGUGGAAUGUAUCAGAUUUCAAAGUGGGGAUAUAAUGAAAUUAGCAAGAGACAAGAAUUGAGAGCUACUACGUCAAGGUAUAUUAUUGUAAAAAAUGAGGACCAUAAACCUAUUGCAUAUUUGCACUACCGUUUUGUUAUUGAAUUUGACUCAGCUGUACUAUAUUGUUACGAGAUACAGGUAGAAAAAGAUUAUCAAGCGAAAGGAGUGGGAUCAGCUCUUUUGUCAAUUGCAGAAUGCAUAGGCAAAAAGGUGUCAAUGGAGAAACUAAUGGCUACCGUAUUCGCAUUCAAUGGUGCUUCGCUUGCUUUCUUUCAUAAAAAUGGCUUUACUGUUGAUUCUUCUUGUCCAGAUGAAGGAGAUUACCUGAUUUUAUGUAAAUCAUUGUCUGCUUGA